AUGGGGGAGCGAAUGUUCGAAGGCCUUUGGGAAGUGUUGGGCUACAAUCAGUACAGUGUUCGGACCGAGCCCUGCUACGUCAAACUUGACUGUAGGAACUGGGACUCUCCGGUCCGAUUCUGGUUCGACUUCUACUCUCCCGAGAUCCAUGAAGAGGAGUCGAGGCGUGCAGCAAACCGCACCCUCCGCCUCGCCGGCUGCGUGCGCAAUCCGCUGACGAUGAUCGCCUCAGCCUACUGCUACCACCACCGAGGGAUGGAGAAGUGGCACCCGCUCUUUGGCAGAGGAGAGGUAGUGCACAUGUCGCCACAGGUGGGCCUCCCCUACGUGGCGGAACAGAUGACAGAAAUGAUUGAGAACAUGACUGGGCUAUAUGAGUUCGAGCGCAAGGACACGCUCCGAAUCCGCUAUGAAAUCGCCGUAGCAUCAUCGGAGGGAUUUGACUCUGAAGCCAACCGGCUCCUUGACUUUUGGUUGGAGGGUGCCCAGAUCUCCCCAGAAGACCGGCAAACGGCCUUGGAGGGGGCGAGAAUUGGCGACCUUCAUCGACAUCCAGGAGCACAGGAACCCGGUCACACGAACGACGCUGACUGUGAAAAGACGGCGUUGCGUGCAGCUUUCGCGAUGCCAGCGCCCCUGUUGGCGAAGUAUCAGUCCUUCGCAAGAAGAUUAGGAUAUCCUUACACUGCAGAGGAACUUCUCGGCACAGUCUAG